AUGGCUAUUGCAAAACCUAAUAGUAUGGAAUCAAGUUUUAUCCCUAAACAACAUGGGCACUGGGUAAAUAUUACUUUAAAAUGGGAAGGAGUUCCCGCAAUUUCAUUUUUAAAAUACUCAGCUGCAGUUAUUUAUAGAUCUAAACUCGCAGCAAUAAGCAGCUUAAUCAGGGAAAAUAUUAAAUUUUUAGCACAUUCUGAAAUCUUCUAUUAUGAAAAUGAAGAAUUAACAAAAGAAUUAGAUCCUUCAUGGGAAGCAACAAAAACUUCAACGUUGUAUUUCAAGUCUGAUAUUUCAUGCUACAGAAUUAAGUUUCAUGAUACCAAAAUUGAUAGAAAAUACAUAGAAUAUAUAGAUUGUAACUGCACAUUCGGUGAUAUCAUUAAAAUGACCGAUCUUCAGAUGAUAAAAGAUAAAAGGAUUGACAAUAUAAUAUUCAGAUACAAUAAUUACGCCAUUGAAAACCAUCAAUUGAUAAAAGAUGUCAUAAAAGAUAAGAUAAAUAGCGUUGUUGAGGUGAAAUUCAAGUAUUCUAAAACUACAAUUGAAGUCCUGAAGAAAUUAUUUGUAAUUUCGAAAGGAAAGCUAAAUAAUCUCGUUGAAGAAACAACUACAUUGAAAUUCAAGGGUAAUCCAUUAUACAAAGACAUAAUACCAUAUACUUAUUACACUGAUGGUUACAUUGAAACAUAUUUUAAAGAUGAUAAAAAUAUUAUUGAUCUAAAUCAGCCAGUUGACGUUAAACUCGGUGAAAGGCUGAUUUUAAAUUAUGUUAUUCAGUCUAUUUUAAUUACUUUUGUUAUUUUACAAGCAGAUAAGCCAAUUGAAGUUUUCCUAAUUUUGACGCCUACAACUAAGUUUUCUAGCGUAAUUAAUGAACUUAAAAAGAAUGGAAUUACAGGAAACAAGUUUUAUUUUUACAACAAACUUUCUCAUAAAUUAUUAAAUGAUCCAACGGAUAAAACAAUGAUAUAUGAAAUUUAUUCAGAUAGAAUACUCGUGUCUCUCGAUAAAGAGUACAGUUUCUACGAUAUUGAAUAUAUGGGUCGUAUUCUUCAAUUUCAUUGUCCGAAAGGAUCACUAGCAAAGGAAAUCCGUGAUUUUAUCAAAGGAAGAUUUUCUGACGUACCUUCAAAUAUCAUUGUUUAUAAUGGAGAAGAAAAGAUUGAUAAUAAUUCGCCAAUUCCUGAUGAUGUGGAUUUCCUGAAUAUCGGUUUUAACUAG